AUGGAAUCAAAGAACAUCACCACCACCGUGACAGAAUUUGUCCUGUUGGGCCUGACACAGAGCCACAAGCUGCAGUAUUGUCUCUAUGUGAUCUUCUUCCUCAUCUAUGUAAUAACCUGGCUGCUGAACUUCACCAUCAUUGCCACUGUGGCUGUGGAUCACCAGCUCCACACCCCCAUGUACUUUCUCCUGGCCAACCUCGCUUUCCUUGACGUCAGUGAUUCCUCAGUCAACACCCCCAAACUGCUGUCAGGCCUCCUCACCCAGCACACAGUCAUCUCCUUCAACCAGUGUUUCCUCCAGAUGUUCUUCUUCCAUUUCAUUGCAGGUGCAAUGUCAUUUUUGCUCCUGGCGAUGACGGUGGAUCGGUACGUGGCCAUCUGUGAGCCCCUGCGCUACCUGUCCAUCAUGAACUGGAGCACCUGCACAGGGCUGGUGGCAGCUGCAUGGCUGGGUGGAUUUCUUCAUUCUAUUACACAAACUGGUUUUCUUCUCCAGCUGCCAUUCUGUGGCCCAAAUGUACUGGACAAUUUCUACUGUGACGUCCCUCAAGUCAUCAAACUGGCCUGCAGUGACACUCGCAAGGCUGAGCUACAGAUGGUGUUUAAUAGUGGAGUGAUCCUCAUCAGCCUUUUUGUAAUCUUGAUUAUUUCUUACAUUGUCAUCUUGCUGAAGAUAAGGACGUGCAUCACAGAAGGGAAGCGAAAAGCUCUGUCUACCUGUGGAACACAGAUAACUGUUGUGAGCUUAAUAUUCAUCCCCUGCAUCUUCACCUAUGCCCAGCCUUAUAAGAAAUACCCAAGGGACAAGGUGGUCUCUGUUGUUUACACUGUGGUCACUCCAAUGCUAAACCCAAUGAUCUACACACUCAGGAACACUGAGAUGAAAAAGGCCAUCAGGAGAACACUGGGGAAAAUAUUUCUGUCAGCAGGAAAACAGAAACCAGAGCGGACAGUAGAUCCAAAGACAUCAAAUCUGGUGCUGCCAUGA